ACUCGAUGGCUAUCGCAACCUUGCAAAGAAGAUUGGGCUUCCCAAGCCAAGCCUUCACUCUUCACACAUCCUUCUUCAUCUUUCGUCGAGACAGACACAACCAUAGAAGCAUCAAAAUAGUAGUACCAACCAGGCCAAGAUGAUCAAGCCCGUCGUGUUAAUGUCGUUGGCACUGCUGUUGCUAGUCUGCAAUGUGUCAGUAGUGCUUGCCAAGAAACCCUCUUCUUCCAGCAGCAAAAAGACUGGAGAUGGUCCUCCUCCGCAACCAUGUCAAAAGUACUUGGACAUGAGUGACGAAGAUUUGUUUUUCUCGGCGUCCGAAGGUCGUCGUAUUGGAGACCACUGUCGCAUCAAGAACAGUCCGUCGGCAUCGUGCGAUUACUACGUCGUCGCCGAACCAUCCGCUACCACCGGCUACGACGGCUGGCCGCGGACAUUUGAAGAUCGAGGACGCGGCUGUGUCUACCACCCCGACGGCAAGGGCAAGUGUGGCUAUCAAAAAAUGGAUUAUCGACAUUGGGAUGAAACGGAACGGACGCAAAUGUGUGCGGGUAAUUACGUCCAGAAUGCCGCUGCGCAAUUGCGUCAUGCCAUUCUCAAUGAUCGUUGUGGAGGAUCGUGCAGUUUGCCACAGUGUCAUCACGCCAGUCACGAAACGACUCGUCCGUACUGUUAUCAUUGCCGCAAAUGCAAAGACAAUAUGGAACACUGCAAGGAAGGAUACAAAUUCUGUAAAUUGUGCAAAGAAGAAUGUCCCAGCGACUAUGAAAAGGGUGAAGUCAAACGAACCAUGGGGGAUGAGUUGUAAUUGCGUACCGUACUUGAAAGACGACAAGAUAAAUACCAGUAGUAGUACAAUUACUUAUUUGUAGUUAUGAUGAAGCUUGCAUAUAAGGUACUUUAAAACCAUGUCCUCGUACUUGUU